UGCUGUGAGCUGUCUACUGUUAUGUCAAUUUGUGAAUGCCAAUUUGAGAUCCUGCAAUAGCGUCAAAUUUUGUUGUUUUCAUAUUUUCUAGAACUCUCAAGCUAAUUACAAAAUAUAAUAAUGGAAGUGAAGGAAUGUAGUGAUUUAACAGAAGAAAAUCAAUUUAUAGUGGACGAUGUGAGUAAAAUAAUUAAAGAAGCGAUCGAAAAUUCCAUUGGGGGUACAGCAUAUCAACAUAAUAAAGUAAAUCAGUGGACUUCCGCUGUUGUGGAAUCGUGUUUAAGUCAACUUACAAAGUUGCAAAAACCUUAUAAAUAUAUCGUGACAUGCACAAUAAUGCAGAAAAAUGGUGCAGGCUUACAUACAGCUUCUUCCUGUUUCUGGGACAACACCACCGACGGCUCCUGCACAGUCCGCUGGGAGAACAAAACCAUGUACUGCAUUGUCUCUGUGUUUGGCCUUGGCAUAUAA